ACAUUUCCGUCAGUUCAGGUCACCGCACCGCACCACCACCGGUAGCCAUGGGACCCACAGGUCAGUCUCGCACCCUCUUGCUUCUGCUCCUCGCCGCCGCCGCCGCCGCCGCGGCGCCAGAGCACGAAUCCUUGCUCCGCCUCCCCUCCUCGGCGCGCUCCCUCGCCCCGAAGACCCCCCGCUCUGCCGGCGCCGACCUCAUCCGCGCCCUCAACCUCCACCCCCGCGACGCCUUCCCCAGCCGCCCCGGCGGCGUCGGCGUCGGCGGCAGCGAUGCUCUCCCGGCCGGAACCCUCGUCGAGAGGCCGAUCCGCCUCGCGUCUCUGGUGGCCGGAGACGACGGCGGCGGCGGGACGUCGGUGAGCAACCUCGGGCACCACGCCGGGUACUACCGCCUCCCCACCACUCACGACGCCAGGCUCUUCUACUUCUUCUUCGAAUCCAGGCAGCACAAGAAGGAGGACCCCGUGGUGAUCUGGCUGACGGGAGGGCCCGGCUGCAGCAGCGAGCUAGCCCUUGCUGUUAAUUUUUCAGGGUUUUGCAAUUGGUGUACCUCUAGCACUGUAUCUUGCUUUGCUGCCUAUUUUGUUUGCAAUACAAUAUUCAGUUCCAUUAGGUUGAUAAUCGGGAACAAAAAUUAUUAUGACAUCAGGAAGCCAUGCGUGGGGAGCCUAUGCUAUGAUUUUUCUAACUUGGAGAAGUUUCUCAAUCUGAAAUCUGUCAGACAGAGCCUAGGCGUUGGAGACAUAGAGUUUGUUUCCUGCAGCCCGAUCGUCUAUCAGGCUAUGCUCUUAGAUUGGAUGAGGAACCUUGAAGUUGGGAUCCCUGAACUCCUUGAGAACGACAUCAAAGUGCUGAUUUAUGCUGGAGAGUAUGAUCUCAUAUGCAACUGGCUAGGAAACUCAAGAUGGGUAGACUCUAUGGAAUGGUCUGGAAAGAAAGCCUUCGUGUCCUCGGUGGAGAAACCCUUCACGGUUGAUGGAAAAGAAGCCGGCAUUCUAAAAAGCCACGGCCCUUUGAGUUUUUUGAAGGUCCACGAUUCUUGUCACAUGGUACCCAUGGAUCAACCGAAGGCCGCCUUGGAGAUGCUCAAGAGGUGGAUGUCAGGAAACCUUUCAGACGCCUCCUCGAGCUCUCAGAGGCUCGACUUCGCCAUAUAAUCCAUCCUUGCGCUGGCUAUGCACGCACAUGCCUUGGGAUGAUCU